AUGGUUGUUGAAGAUUGGAAAUUCAUGUCUAUGGUACUAGACAGGUUCUUCCUCUGGCUGUUCACCAUUGCUUGCUUUGUUGGGACCUUUGGAAUCAUCUUCCAAUCACCUUCACUCUACGACACCCGUGUUCCAGUUGAUCAAGAACUGUCUUCCAUACCGAUGAGGAAGAAUAACUUCUAUUACCCUAAGGAUGUUGAGACAAUUGGUAUUGUGUAG